CGGAUGGUCAGGUUUAUGUCCUUUCUGCUAAUGGUCAGCAGCUUAUUCUUCAGUCAUCUGCUAAUUCAGCAAAUGCUUCAUCAUCACAGCAAGUGAAGAAUAUUAGCUCUCACAUUUCUACAACUGCUAACUCUGCCAUAACAAAUAUCAGUAUUCCCUCCAAUGGUCAGCUGCAAUUCAAAGGACAAACACAGCAGCUGGUAAAUCAGAGUAAUUUAAAUUUAAACACAAAUGUUAGUGGUCAGUUGAAAUUUAACUCCCAGACUAUUCCUCUGUCGGUGCAAUCAAACAAUACAUUCUCCAAUGCGAACUCGCAGGCAGAUAAUAGAAUAUACAUUAAGACUGGUCAAGAUGGAUCUAGUGCACUAACAAUUCAAUCUUCAUCACAGUCAGUGACAGCAGCUCAGUUAGUAUUUACAUCCUCUCCAACAUACACUUACUCUCCUGGUAGUGUUGCACAGUCCACCAUGUCUCAACAAGUGGCCAGUCCUAAUCAGAUGCAUUCUGUGCAGGUUAAAAAUCAAAAGAUCACAACUUUAAGUGGGACUUUCAUUAAACAAGAACCUCUGGCUGUGGCAAUUAAGCAAGAACCAUCCACAGAGUUGCAGUCAACGAUUCCUUUGUCUCAGACUCCACAGUGCUUUUCUAUUUCUCCACAGACCUCAGUCACAGUGACUACCUCAAACACAUUGGCUAUGACAAUGCCACCAGUUGUUUCUUCUUUUGCAGCCAUUACCACCUCUACUACUCAGUCUCAUCAAUCUACUAUAAUGACCACCGCUCAGAUGGCAGGCACUUUGCCAACAUCUGUUACCUCGAUAAAUACGCAACUUCCACAUUCAUCUAUAAGUGACUCUUCAGCAGUCUUAGCAAGUGCCAUGAUAAACCAGGCAUUGCCUAGUCCAACUCUUCUAACUCCAACAACUCCAACAGGCACCAGAUCAGGAUCGGUAAGUUAA